GUACCUCCCACUUGGAGGUCUCCAGGCUGCAGCUAUACUUGUAGGUCUUUGGACCUCUCUGAAACAAGACGUGUACAGAAUUAGAGAAAAAGAGCUUACUUUUGGGGGGAAAUCACAUCCAGCUUGAGACGCGAUUCAUGUCGUCAGUUUGACAAAGAAAAUGCAUUCGGGUUUCAGCGAGGAGAGAAAUGGGGAGCAGUGUGAAAGGUCCAUAUGUGUUAACAAUCCUAAUUUGGAGUCUAUGAAAGAAGACAUACUGUACCAUCUCAAUCUGGACACAGCCAGUCAUGACUUCCUGAAAGAGUUUGGGGAUGUUAAAUUUGUAUGUGUAGGGGGAAGUCCAUGGAGGAUGAAGUCUUUCACAGAGUACAUUGCUAAAGAGCUGGGCCUAGAAGAUCCAAAAGGAGAGUACCCAAACAUCUGUGAGGGAACAGAUCGCUAUGCCAUGUACAAAGUAGGACCUAUACUGUCUGUUAGUCAUGGCAUGGGCAUUCCAUCCAUCUCAAUAAUGUUACAUGAGCUUAUCAAACUCCUCUAUCAUGCCCGCUGCACUGAUGUCACUAUCGUGCGCAUUGGGACCUCUGGCGGAAUAGGUCUGCAGCCAGGCACAGUUGUGGUCACCAAGCAGUCAGUGGAUGCCAUGUUCCUGCCCCGCUUCGAGCAGGUGGUUCUGGGUAAGACGGUGGUGAGGAGCACGGAGCUGGACCUCGAGCUGGCAGAGGAGCUGCUACAGUGCGGCAAAGAGCUGGCGGAGUUUGAGACUGUCAUUGGGAACACCAUGUGCACUCUGGACUUCUACGAAGGUCAAGCUCGUUUGGACGGGGCUUUCUGUUCGUACACCGAAGAGGAAAAACAAAACUACCUGUCCGAGGCAUACGCAGCCGGAGUCCGCAACAUUGAGAUGGAAUCUUGUGUUUUUGCUGCCAUGUGCAAACUCAGUAAUAUACGAGCGGCUGUGGUGUGCGUGACCAUUUUGGACCGGCAGAAAGGAGACCAGCUGAGCAGUUCUCAUGAAGUCAUGCAGAACUACCAACAAAGGCCACAGAUCCUCACUGGCCUUUACAUCAAAAAAAAGCUUAAAACCUUCAAGAAGAUUUAGCUUUUACACUCAGAACACUGUAAUGUGAAACAAAACAAACUUUUUAAAGACUUUCCUGGUGAUAUUAUCAGUAUGAUUUUAUAUGAGUUGUAUAGGACUGCCUUUGCUAAUAUUCACACCUGAACACUACUUACACAAACACUUGAAGAUAUUUGAAUAUUGUAAGAUUUUAUGACACAUGGUCUUUGCUUGAUAUGGUCUAUUAUUUGAAAUAAUUUAUAGAAUAAAAUCCAUUAUAACUAUUAUAUAAAGAUUAAACUAGGUUGUUGUUUCAUGA